ACCUGUCAUCAUGUUCACAGCAUCACCAAUGAGUAAAGCUGGUCAUUGUAAACACCUUGUCAUUACUGCUGACACACACUCAGGCAGCCAAUCCCCUUCUUCUCUCCUCUUUUUGUCCAAUAUUUUCCAUCUAUCUGUGCAAAUACACCACAGGAAAAUGGUUGGGAAGUCCCUGAUUGCUGGUCUGGUGGUCCUUCUGGUGGCUGCAGUGAGCCUGUUCCUGGGGGUGUUCAUGGGCUUGGGGAAGAAUAACACACCUCCCCCCAUGGACCACUUCUACUCAAAGGCUGCUGUGGCUGCUGAUGCUGGAAAGUGUUCAGAAGUGGGCAGGGACAUUUUGAAGAAAAACGGUUCUGCCGUGGAUGCUUCUAUCGCUGCCUUGCUAUGUGUCGGCCUUUUGAACGCUCACAGCAUGGGCAUCGGGGGAGGGCUCUUCUUUGUCAUCUAUGACGCUUCCACAGGGAAGGUGGAAACCAUCGAUGCGAGGGAGACGGCGCCGAUGAACGCCACUGAAGAUAUGUUUGGCAACAAUACCAAGCUUUCUCGUACAGGUGGAUUGUCCAUAGCCAUUCCCGGGGAGAUCCGCGGUUACGAGAUGGCCCACAAGAGGCAUGGCAGGCUGCCAUGGAAAGACCUGUUUGAGCCCAGCAUCGCCUUGGCUCGAAAUGGAUUUCCUAUAGGAAAAGCUUUGGCUCAUGCCAUCUUCAAGAGCAAAGAUUCCAUUCAAAGAGACGCCAACAUGUGUGAGGUGUUUUGUGAUUCUCAAAAAAAAAUACUGAAGGAAAACGAUAUUGUUAAAUUUCCAAAGCUGGCCGACACGUACCAAAGGAUAGCAGAGGAGGGGCCUGAUGUGUUUUAUAACGGGUCGAUGGCACGGAGCAUCAUCAAGGACAUCCAGGCUGCAGGCGGCAUUAUCACCCUGGAUGAUUUGUUGGAGUACCAACCUGUGCUGAAUGAGAACCCUUUGAAGCUGAACCUUGGGGAAUACACCAUGUAUGUCCCAGACGCCCCCUCCAGUGGCCCUGUGCUGGCACUCAUACUCAACAUAGUGGAUGGGUACAACUUCACAGACACAAGCGUGUCUACGGCAGAGAAAAAGACUCUGACGUACCAUCGGAUCCUAGAGGCUUUUCGUUUUGCCUAUGCCAAGAGGAGCAGACUCGGGGACCCACGUUAUCUCAAUAUUACUGAUCUCCUCCUAAACAUGACCUCAGACUACUUUGCUGAUGGCAUCAGGAGUAAAAUUACAGACGACACCACCCACCCAGACAGCUACUACGAGCCAGACUACUUUGUCCCAGACAACCACGGGACGGCUCACCUGUCGGUCAUAGCUGAGGACGGAAGCGCUGUGGCGGCCACCAGCACCAUCAAUCUAUACUUUGGUUCGAAAGUCAUGUCUCGAUCGACUGGAAUCAUUUUCAACGAUGAAAUGGACGACUUCAGCUCUCCGUACAUGACCAACGGCUUUGGAAUCCCUCCUUCACCCAACAAUUUCAUUCAACCAGGCAAGAGGCCGCUGUCUUCCAUGUGUCCGACUAUCAUCUUUGACAAAGACAACAAAGUGAAAAUGGUUGUAGGAGCGUCCGGGGGCACAAAAAUCACCACAGCCACGGCCUUAGUCAUCCUAAACUCCUUGUUCUUCAACUAUGACCUAAAGAAAGCUGUGACCGAGCCACGGGUUCACAAUCAGCUCAACCCAAAUAUGACAGUAGUGGAGCAGGGCUUUGAAAAGAGUGUUGUGGAUGGUCUGGUCCAGAAGAACCAUGUAACACAGCUGCUGCCGACUCCAGACUCCGUGGUCCAAGCGGUGGUGCGGCAGGGAGAGCGUCUCUGUGCCGAGUCCGACCCCAGGAAAGGAGGCUAUCCAGCCGGGUACUGACCGUGACUUCAGGGCCUUCUGUGCUCCUCUCAGUCUGGACAGUCUCCUCAAAGACACUCGGGAAGAGCCACAAUACAAAGGUGCCUGCACUGAAGACUCAAAGCAGUGUUUAAGCUAUGGAGACACAGCCACCACUUAAUGUUCACUCAAACAUGGAAAAGGACUCCAUUCCAAAACCUCUUUUACUCAAACUCAGUUAUUCAGCAUUUCAUUUCAUUUUUUCUAACCCUAACCCUUAUAUUUUUGAGUUUUGAAGUAAAAUAAGAGGUUGCACCUAGUUUGAUUCCUGUAUCAUCACUACUGGGCAUGUUCUGGGGGAGGCCCAAAAUACCAUCUGCUUUAUAUAAUAAACCUGUCAUAUAUAUGACAGUAUCCAACAUAUUAAAAACAACCAAGUAAGUACCAAUGAUAAGGUUUCAUCACUAUGUAUUUUUUAGGUAAGAAUCUGAGUUGGCUGUAGGUUGUCCAUGUACUUUUUUCAUUUAUUUUAUUGUCUAAGGAAAAAGCUAUUGUGAAUAAUUGGACAAUUUGUCUGAGAAUGGGGGAGGGGGGGGGUUGUUUUCAUGUCAAACUGGUGAAAAACCAUCAAUUUAAAAACUAGACCUAUACCAAUUAAAAAUAAGGACACCUCAGGUUGUUCGCCUGUUUUAUACCGAAAUCGUUCUCCUGGUGUAAGUUGAUCCUGAAGCGAACAUUAUUAAGAGGAAACUGACCGUGUUGUUUUCUACCGUGACUCUAUAGUGAAAACUAUUACUUUAGAAUUGUAAAUGUUUAAUAUCGAGUAGAGGUUAGGUGAAUGUAUAGUGUAUUUUGAAAAAUACAUUUGCAGAUAUAUUUUUCUAAACAUGCAUUGUUCUUAUGCCAUGUUUGUUGCCAUGCUUGUUAUUAAACAUUUUGAACAAAGAUGUUAUAUUUUA